AUGAAGGCAACAGGGGCAAUAUAUACAGUCUUGCAGCUUGCUCUCCUCAUUAUCAGCAGCAUUGAACCAUCUGAGCUGCAUGGCUUGUCCAUCACAGCCGAUGUGUUAAGCUUUGUUGCGGCGAUAGCCAUAUCCGUCCUGAUUUCUCUAGAGCAUUCCCGCUCACCUCGGCCCUCUAUUUUGCUCAGCGCCUUUCUAUCCCUGACUAUCCUCUUUGAUAUCGCGCAAGUGCGAUCCCUCUGGCUGCUGGCCCAGAGCUACAAUGAGAUUACCUAUGUGAGGAUUUUCACGGCAGCCAUUGUCUGGAAGGCUGUUCUGGUCUUGUUGCAAUCACUACAUCUCCAGAGCUGGUUAUCCUGGGACCAAAAAACGCAUAGUCCCGAAGAAACCACUGGGCUAUAUGGACUAGGCAGCUUCUUCUGGCUCAACCCCCUCUUCCUGUCAGGAUACAAAACGAUUCUGAAUUUGUCAGAUCUUUUUCCACUUGACAAUAGUGUUUCUGUGGAGACCCUACAAGCAUCCUUUGGCCAGUAUAUCAAGCACGCCGAGUUUCACGGAGACAAAUAUGGCUUGACGAAAACACUUCUUCGCGCGUUGGCAGUCCCAAUCCUGCUGCCAGUGGCUCCUCGCAUUGCCCUGAUCGGAUUUACUCUAUGUCAACCUUUGCUUAUCGAAGCCGUUUUGAACUCGCUCGAGGAACCUCAAACCUACCUGACUACUAAUAAGGGCUACGGUUUGAUUGGUGCUACGAUCCUGGUCUACAUAGGAAUGCCACUUGCUACUGCUCUUUAUUGGUAUCUGCAUGAACGAGCUUUGUUCAUGUCACGGGCACUUUUGGUCUCUGCGAUAUAUGACAAGACGAUAAAGGCAAAGACUUCGGCCGCGGACGACUCGGCCGCUGUUACGCUUAUGAGCAGCGAUGUCGAAAGGAUCAGGAUGGGUCUCAUGCAGCUUCACGAGUUCUGGGCAAAUCCUAUCCAGGUAGCUAUUGUGUGUUGGUUACUUCAGCGCCAGCUUGGCACGGCAUUUGUGGCUCCUGUGGUCGUCGUCCUUAUUUGCAUUGUCGCCUCAACUGUCCUAAUGCGUUUUAUUGGCCCGAGGCAAAUGGCUUGGAUGAAAAGCAUCCAGAGGCGGGUCGGCCACACAGCGAAUGUCAUUGGUAAUAUGAAACAUUUGAAGAUAUCGGGGCUCACCGCACCCGUUGAAGAGUCAAUUCAAAGGCUGCGUCUUGAAGAGUUGAAGGCUGGAGGCCACUUCCGUGCUUUUCUCGUGGGUUCUGUGGGAAUUGGAUUCACGCCAGUUCUCUUGGGCCCUAUCUUUGCAUUCGCUCUCUCAUCUCGCGAACUGAAUGUUACGACUAUAUUCACGUCACUGUCAUAUCUCCAGCUUCUCUCAGGACCAUUGUCAUUGCUAUUUCAAGUUCUUCCUCAGUUGCUUGCGGCGUUUUCGUGCCUGACACGAAUUCAAGCGUUCCUUGAGAAAGAGCCUAGGGAAGACUUCCGUCAAAUUUUGGGAACAAAUGCAUUGUCCAAGAAAGAGCAUUCGAGUGAAAAAUUGCCAUCGAGCGUAGAGAUCAAAAACGCAGACUUUGGCUGGGAAAAGGAUGUCUCGACUUUGAAGAACAUCAAUGUUUCCAUGUCCCAGGGAUUGAAUAUGGUUAUUGGUCCCGUUGCCUCUGGGAAGUCGACGUUAUGCAAAGCUUUGCUUGGAGAAACUCCCAUUGCAUCUGGAGAAGUUCUCAUAAGAACCAAAUAUCACAGGAUCGGAUACUGCGAUCAAGUUUCCUUCCUCCCCAACGAAACCAUCAGGGACACCAUCAUAGGCUUCUCAAAUUUUGACGAGGAAAGAUAUGCCAAUGUUAUCGAAGCAACAAUGCUCUCUCAGGACCUGCCUCUUCUCUCUAAAGGAGACCAAACCAAGAUCGGCAGUGACGGACUCGCUCUCAGUGGUGGACAGAAACAGCGAAUCUCACUUGCCAGAGCAUUGUAUCUCCAAUGCGAUGUGCUUAUUCUUGACGAUGCCCUUGGUGGACUAGACUCCAACACAGAAGAACACAUCUUCCAUAAUGUUUUUGGACCUUCAGGAAUCCUCAAGGCAAGAGAGGCAGUUGUGAUACUUUGUACAAACGCCAUCCGACACCUCCCAUCAGCCGAUUAUAUCGUUGCACUGGGAACUGACGGCACCGUCGUGGAACAAGGUCGUUUCCCUGAUCUUGUUGCGAAUCACCAAUACGUUCAUAGCCUUGGAGUCCAGGCUGACGCCAACGGUAUAUCCCACCCAACAACAAUACCCAAGAUACCACAGCCCGGGAUUGAGAUUCAAACGAAGUCGGGCCAGGCAAGCACUGCCGACGAUGAAGCAUCCGUUGCCGAAACCGAUGACAAGAAAUCGAGCAGAAAACUGGGUGACCUUUCCAUCUUCGCACACUACUGCCGGAGCAUUGGUACUUUCUGGCUCAGCAGCUUCUUCUUGAUUGGUCUUCUUUGCGGAUUCUUUUACAACUUCCCUACGAUCUGGCUAAGCUACUGGGGCACAGAUUCUUUCACUCGAUCAAAAUCUUUCUACAUUGGUAUAUACGCUUUUUUCCAAUGUCUGGCCUUAACUACAGUCAUCAGCGAGGCAGCCAUCGGCAUGAUAUUAAUCAUUCGCAACGCUGGGUCACGUCUACACGAGGCAGCAUUGCGAACAGUUAUUUCCGCGCCGCUGCGUUUCUUCUCCCAGACAGACACGGGAAUUGUCACAAAUCUGUUCUCCCAGGAUAUGACGCUUCUUGAUGGCGAGCUUCCACAGGCUUUGAUCAAUACGUCCCUACAAACCUGGAUCGCGGUAGGUGGGGCGGCAGUUGUUGCAACAUCGUCUCCCUAUAUUCUCGUCGCUUAUCCCUUCAUUGUGGUGAUUCUUUACGGCGUUCAGAGAUUCUAUCUCCGCACAUCUCGCCAACUUCGGCUGUUGGAUCUAGAGGCAAAAAGCCCGCUUUACACGCACUUCUUGGAUACGAUCAAAGGCGCAGCCACCCUGCGAGCUUUUGGUUGGAUAGAGGACUCCGUCUCUGUAAACCAUGCUCUUUUAGACACCUCGCAACGCCCUGCUUACCAGUUGAGCAUGAUACAGCGAUGGCUGUCCUUUGUGCUCGACAUGGUCGUGGCGGUUAUUGCAUUGUUAGUGGUCACUCUUACUACUCAACUUCGUCCCAGCACUGGCUUCACCGGUGCGAGUUUGGUGUCAAUUAUGACCCUUGGGAAAACUUUGGCUACUCUGGUGCAAAUGUAUACGUUGCUGGAGACCUCAAUUGGAGCCGUCUCCCGCUUAAAGUCUUUUAGCGACAAUACUGUUCCGGAAGAUCUACCUGGCGAGGAUGGCAUUCCCCCAACUGCAUGGCCAGUGAAAGGCAGGAUCGAAGUCAAAAAUAUGUCUGCAUCAUACGGCGGUGCCGAAUCAACCGAGAAGUCGGAAGGCUCGGACAAGCUUGCGCUUCGAGAUCUUACAUUCACAAUUGAAGGGGGACAAAAAGUAGCAAUUUGCGGAAGAACAGGAAGCGGUAAAUCCUCUAUCAUUCUCCUCCUACUACGCCUCUUAGAGCCACUUCUUCCAUGCACUGGCGAACUCACCAUUGACGAUGUCUCACUCCUGACAAUCGACCGCUCCACCUUGCGCCUGCGGAUUAUCGCAGUGCCCCAAGAUUCAACAUUCUUCCCCGACGGCACUCCCUUCCUCAAAAACCUCGACCCAUUCAAUGUUGCGAACGAGGAGGAGUGCCAGGCAGUGCUCGAAAUGACAGGGUUAUGGGCCCUGGUAUCUGAGCGCGGAGGGCUCACCGCCGGACUGAGUGCCGAUGGGCUUAGCCAUGGCCAGAAGCAGCUGUUCAACCUGGCAAGGGCGGUCCUGCGUCGGCGUGUUCAUGCUCGCCAUCUAAAUACCGAAAUUGGGGAUGCUUACAUCAAGUCGCGCACUUCCGCAACUGAGGCUCCGGGUGACACUGGUGUCCUUAUCCUGGACGAGGUCAACCGUGGUGUUGAUAUGGCGACGCAGAAGACCAUGCAGGAUAUUAUACAGCGUGAGUUUGCAGGAUACACUGUUGUUAUGGUCAGUCAUGGGCUCGAUAUGGUUAUGGAUUUCGAUAAGGUUUUUGUUAUGGAUGAAGGUAGGCUCGUGGAGGAGGGCAAGCCGAUUCAAUUGGUUGACGAGGUGGACAGUCGGUUUAGAGAGCUGUGGAUGGUUGGAAAGCAUGAAGUUCCCUCGGCAGUUGAGUAG